AUGAUGAAGUUGAUACAACAGAUUCAAGUUUCACCACCACCCAGUUCUCUUCCAUCACCAACCAUUCUCCCUCUCACUUUCUUCGACAUUCCAUGGUUUUACUGUCACCCUAUUAAACGCAUCUUCUUCUACCACUUUCCUCAUCCAACUCAUCACUUUCUUCAAACAACACUUCCCAUUCUCAAGCACUCUCUUUCUCUCUCCCUUCAACACUUCUUCCCCUUUUCCUCCAACCUCAUCAUCCCUCCUAAUUCCCAUGACGCCCCUUACAUACGCUACCUCGACGGCGACUCUCUCUCCUUCACCGUCUCUGAAUCCUCCGCAAACAUCAACCUCCUCAUAUCUGAUUCACAAGACGCUCAAAACUGGCACCCUCUUGUUCCUGACCUUCCUCCACCUCGUACCGAACCUAAUGGUACACGUGUUAUUCCUUUAAUGGCCAUUCAACUCACCGUUCUACCAAACUCUGGAUUCUCUAUCUCUCUCACGUUCAACCACGUCGCCGGAGAUGGAAAAUCACUUCAUCAUUUCAUGAAAUAUUGGGCCUCUCUUUCAAAAGCCAGUGCAAACAACAACAACAAUAGUUUAUUAUCUAUUGGUCUUCCUUUCCAUGAAAGAGAUAGAGUUAAAGACACAAAAGGUCUUAAAUCUAUCUACUUACAAGAACUACGAGAUUCUGAUUCGAAAAACAUGGAAUUUGCGGGUCUUGUUCGAGAAUCUUAUGUUAACAAGGUACGAACAACUUUAGUUUUGAGCUAUGAACAAGUUCAGAAUUUGAAAAAAUGGGUCACUGAUAAAUGUAAAGACAGUCAUAGAACACAACAUCUGUCAACUUUUGUUGUAACAAGUUCCUUGAUUUGGUUUUGUAUGGUAAAAUCGGAGGAGAGCGAAAGCAAAAGCGAUCAAGAUGAUUGUGUUGUUGGUGUUGAUGAUCUCUGCUACUUUGUGAUUCUAGCAGAUUGUCGUGAUAGCAGUGAAUUUUCAUUACCAAAAUCUUACUUUGGAAAUUGUCUUACUUCUUAUAUUUUGGCUGUAAAGAGGAAUGAAUUAGUUGGAGAAAAUGGGAUUUUAGUGGCUUCAAAUGGCAUUGAAAACAAGGUAAGAGAUUUUAAGAGUAAUGCUUUAUUAGGAGCUGAAACAUUGAUGUCUAAUUACAGGGAACUAGCGAAACCUGGUAAGUCAGUUGUAGUGGUUGCAGGAUCACCCAAACUUGCUGUUUAUGAGACUGAUUUUGGUUGGGGGAAGCCUUUGAAAUCUGAUGCAGUACAUCUUGAUACAACUGGUUCGAUCUCUCUUUCAGAUUGUAGAGAUGGUGGAGGUGGAAUUGAAGUUGGUUUGGCUCUUGAGAGGUCUCGAAUGGCUAGUUUCAUCAACAUCUUUCAACAGCAACUUGAUAGUAUUUGUAGCAUGUGA